AGCCCAGCUGGAUUCUGAUGGCACCAUUACUAUAGAGGAGCAGAUUGUCCUUGUGCUGAAAGCUAAAGUACAGUGUGAACUCAACAUCACAGCUCAGCUCCAGGAAGGAGAGGGGAAUUGUUUCCCAGAAUGGGAUGGACUCAUUUGUUGGCCCAGAGGAACAGUGGGGAAAAUAUUGGCUGUCCCAUGCCCUCCUUAUAUUUAUGACUUCAAUCAUAAAGGAGUUGCUUUCCGACACUGUAACCCCAAUGGAACAUGGGAUUUUAUGUAUAGUUUAAAUAAAACGUGGGCUAAUUAUUCAGACUGCCUUCGUUUCCUGCAGCAAGAUAUCAGCAUAGGAAAGCAAGAAUUCUUUGAACGCCUCUAUGUCAUGUACACAAUUGGAUAUUCUGUCUCUUUCGGUUCCUUGGCUGUGGCUAUUAUCAUCAUUGGUUACUUCAGACGGUUGCAUUGUACUAGGAACUAUAUCCACAUGCACUUAUUUGUGUCUUUCAUGCUGAGAGCUGCAAGCAUCUUUGUCAAGGACAAAGUGGUCCAUGCUCACAUAGGAGUAAAGGAUUUACAGUCUCUGUUGAUGCAGGAUGACCUGCAAAAUUCCAUAGACAUGCCUUCUGUGGACAAAUCACAGUAUAUUGGGUGCAAGAUUGCUGUUGUGAUGUUCAUUUACUUCUUGGCUACAAAUUACUAUUGGAUCUUGGUGGAAGGUCUCUACUUGCAUAGUCUAAUCUUUGUGGCGUUCUUUUCGGACACCAAAUACCUAUGGGGCUUCACCUUGAUAGGCUGGGGGUUCCCAGCAGUAUUUGUUGUGGCCUGGGCUGUGGCACGAGCAACUCUGGCUGAUGCAAGAUGCUGGGAACUUAGUGCUGGAAACAUCAAGUGGAUUUACCAAGCCCCAAUCUUAGCAGCUAUCGGGUUCAAUUUUAUUCUGUUUCUGAAUACGGUUAGAGUUCUGGCUACCAAAAUCUGGGAGACCAAUGCAGUUGGGCAUGACACAAGAAAGCAAUACAGGAAACUGGCCAAAUCAACCCUGGUCUUGGUGCUGGUCUUCGGAGUGCACUACAUCGUGUUCCUGUGCCUGCCCCACACCUUCGUGGGGCUGGGCUGGGAGAUCCGGAUGCACUGUGAACUCUUCUUCAACUCCUUCCAGGGCUUUUUCGUGUCUAUCAUCUACUGCUACUGCAACGGGGAGGUUCAGUCUGAGGUGAAGAAGUUGUGGAGUCGGUGGCAUCUCUCCAUCGACUGGAAGAGGACGCCCCCGUGCGGCGGCCACAGGUACGGCUCCGUGCUCACCACGCUGACCCACAGCACCAGCAGCCAGUCGCAGGCCGCCGCCAGCACCCGCAUGGUGCUCCUGUCGGGCAAGACGCCCAGGCCGGCCGGCCGCCAGCCCGACAGCCACGUGACUCUACCCGGCUACGUGUGGAGUCACUCGGAGCACGACGGCCCGUCACACUCGAUCCACGAGGAGCCCACGGCAGGGAACGCGAGGCUGGGCGACGAGAUGCCCGCCGCCGAGUCUCCCAGGCCAGUGGCCUUGAACCCGGAACCGGAAGGAAGCCGCGGAGAGAUGGAGGACGUCCUCUGA